AUUAGCGAAACAGUUAUUUUUUCCGUGUCGUGCCGAAUAAAUAUGACCCGCGGUAAAGCGUAAACGUACACGUACGGCGUAUAAUUAUUUACGAAGGCACUUUGUUGUCGGACGAGCCUUGAGAUGCGGUCGGUGACGUAAACAAAUAUUUUAUACUGUCACUGGGGACGGCGGAAAAAAUGUUGCAAUCGUGAAAAAAAAAACUCGCAUUAGUUUUUCCGCUUCCCGAGUUUCCUCGUCACGCCGCGUUGUUUUAGGCGGCGGUAUUCGUUGGGGCCCGAAGAUCUUCCGAAAACGCCAAGAUUUGUCUUAUCACGGAAUCGAAAAUGGUCUGCAUCGAGGAAGAGAGCUCCUUUAAGGUCACGCUGCAAGACGACGGGCAAUCUCACGAGCCAACUCAUAUCACCCUGACACCGAUGAAGACCAUAGACGAGAUAUUCAAAGAGGUAUCGGACAAGUUCGACAGUCAACCGGAUGAGCUCGAGAUUGUCAUAAAAGCCGGCGAGAAGGAGCUAAGAAACUUGAGCGAGCUGAAGGAAAAAACGCUGUACGAGGCGGACCUGUGGCCGGUGGACAGCGCGGCCGAUUACGAACUGCUGGUCACGCGGCAGAAGAAGAACAUGUCGCUGUCGGUGUCCGACGCCUUAGAGGACGACCUGUUGCUCGGCGCCUCUGCCAGCCCCACCACCCGCGAAUUCGUCACCAGCUAUCCAGAGUUUGAGUUCAAGUUCGAUCGGAGCCACACCAUGCACCCGAUACGGAGAAAACCCCAAAGCGAUUCUGUGAUCGCGGAGUCGCCGACGUACGUGGGCCUCGUGAAUCAGGCGAUGACGUGCUACCUGAACAGCCUGCUGCAGGCGCUGUUCAUGACGCCCGAGUUCCGGAACGCCCUGUACAUUUGGAAGUUCGACGGCAAAAACGAGACGCGCUCCAUCCCGUUCCAGUUGCAGAAGUUGUUCCUCAAUUUGCAGACGUCCGGGAAAACGGCGGUCGAGACUACCGACCUCACGACCAGCUUCGGUUGGCAAGGUAGCGACGCGUGGCACCAGCACGACAUCCAGGAGCUGUGCCGCGUCAUGUUCGACGCGCUCGAGCAGAAAUUCAAGUCUACGACGCAGGCGAACCUAAUCAACGACCUCUACGAGGGCAAAAUGUUGGACUACGUCAAGUGUCUGGAGUGCCAGACGGAAAAGUCGCGUGAGGACACGUUCCUCGACAUCCCGCUGCCGGUCAGACCGUUCGGUUCUUCCGUCGCCUACAACAGCGUCGAGGAGGCGCUGCGGGCGUUCGUCCAGCCCGAAACUUUGGACGGGAACAACCAGUACUUCUGCGAGAAGUGCGACAAGAAGUGCGACGCGCACAAGGGCCUCAAGUUCAUCAAGUUCCCGUACCUGCUGACGUUGCACCUAAAACGCUUCGACUUCGACUACAACACGAUGCACCGCAUCAAGUUGAACGACAAGGUCGUCUUCCCCGAAAAACUAAACCUGAACACGUUCAUAACGGCGACGGCGAGGGCGGACGACGAACCGCCCCCGGACGAGCGGGAGGCGGUGGUCAAGUGCGACGAGUGCAGCACCGCAGACUCCGGCUCGGCGGACGACGAGAGCUGCCAGGGCACCGACAUGUCUUCCACGAUCAACGGCCAGGACGACAAUUGCGGCGACAGCGACGAAGGUAUCGACGUAAGUUCGGGCACGAAUCACCGCGAGAACGACGCGAAGGGCCCGUACGUCUACGAGCUGUUCAGCAUAAUGAUCCAUUCGGGCAGCGCGUCCGGCGGACAUUACUACGCCUACAUCAAAGACUUCGACAAGGCGAGGUGGUACUGUUUCAACGACCAGACGGUCGGUCCCAUCACCGAGGACGACAUCAAGAAGACGUACGGGGGCGGGCCGCAGCGCGGCUACUACAGCGGCGUCUACAGUUCGAGCACGAACGCGUACAUGCUGAUGUACCGGCAGAUCGACGGGGGGCGGAACGCGCGCGCCAUGACGGUCGCCGAGUUCCCGCCCCACAUAGAGGCGCUGCUGCGUGACAUGCGCGAUAGGGAGGAGCGGGACCGCCUCAACCGCCAGAAGGAGGACGAGAUGGUCAAGAUCGGGGUGGUGUGCACGCAUCCCGUCACCAACAACACGCUCGAGAUGAAAAUAUCCACGUUCAUGGACUCGACACUGGCCGAGCUGGCCAGACACGCCCACUCCCGUUUCAAGCUCGACAACGUGGUCGAUCCGCAGGACUGCCGCAUCGUGAUGUACAAUAAGAAAUCGAAUUGCAUCGAUUGCAGCUUCGACAGCGACGAGACGAAACUGAACGAGUUGGUGAGGAAAGUGGACAUGAUCUUCUACACCGAAUGGAUGCUGGAGAUCAGGGAGCCGGGCACGCCGUGGAAGGUGUACAAACGGGGCGGGGUCAACGUUAAAGUUUACCCGGUGAACGUAGACGCCGAGGACGUGGACGAGCCGUUCUUGGUGAGGGUCGAUAUCGGCGAAACGUUCGGCGAAUUCCGUCGCAACGUGGGCGAACUGCUCGGAACCGACGCCGACGAACUCGCCGUGGUCUACGAGUCGUUUAACGGCGAACCGAGGCUGCUCGUCGACGACGACGAAGUGGUCAAGCUCGACUACAACUGUCCGAACGUGUUUUACGUCGCGCGAUUGCCGUCCGACCACGCCCACCACCUCGCGCGUCUCAAAUCGGUCGCCGCCCGCUACGAGUACGUCAUCGGUAUCAGCGUGACGUUGCCGGACACGGACGAGUCGACGCUGGAAAUGAUGUCGAUACCGAUGCUCGACCUCAACCGGAACGUGGACAGGGACGCGGCGGGAUCACCGGGGGGCGGCGGCGGCGGCGGCGGCGCGGGCGACGGCUACGACCAGAGCAACAGCGAGGAUAGUCUGAGCGACAGCGACAGGACGCUGAUUGGUGACGCACCCGACUAUCCUCCCCCUCUCUCGAGCAGUUCGCCGUCCUCGGCGACGGAUCAGCACAUGUCGUCUCCCUCGGACCCCUGCCAGGAUACCUACAACUACGAUGUGAUGGGCAGGCCCGGUGAGGAAAUGCACUGGGAUUAUUCGGAAACCGCUCAUCGCAAUUACGUCUUUAAGGUGACGAGUGUGGUGCCGUUCACCAAUCACGACGCGGACGAGCCGAAACGGUCCAGGUGCUGCAAGAUUCUAGUCGACAAGCGCAUGUCCCUGGGAAACCUCAAGAAGCACCUGGAGCCGGUGCUCAGGGUUCCCUCGGAAUACUUCAAGGUGUACAAGCAGCAUCCGAUAUCCGAGGAGGAAUGGUACAGCCUGAACGACACCCUCAGGUCGAUCAAGGACGGGGAGAGGUUGUCGCUGAGGUUGGACCGCGUGCUCAAAGAGGACGAGCACAGCUGCAAGAUUUACCACUUGAAGCUGGACAACGCGGAUCCGAACUGUUUUCUCUUUGAGCACGUCAUGUCCAAAGACCAGACGGUCGGCGCGGUGAAAUGGGAGAUACUCGCGCAGGCGAAGAAACGCGGUGUUCUCGACAUCCCGUUCGAGAGGUGUCGAUUGCGCGAGAAGAACUGGAAAAAGCCGAGGAAAGUGUACCUGGACGAUCAGAAGUUCGACUCGGACAUCACCAUCAUGUACCCGUUCGAGUUGUUCCUGCAGGAACUCGCGGAGCCCGAGUGCGUGACCUCCGAGAACCAGGUGGUCGUGUUCACGAGGAGGUGGAGCCCGUCGACGCUGACCUUGGGUCCGCUCCAAGAGGUCGUGCUCGACGUGGUGACGUUGGCCGAUUUGCGGACGAAAAUUUCCACCCAGUCGGGUAUCCCGAAGGAAUCGCUCGACCUGACCUGCGUCAAGCCUAAUUUCCCGUCCGACAUGCACGUCCUCGAGAUCGACGACGAUCUGGACUGGAACCCGAACGGGAUGACGCUAAGCCGAUGGGAGCAAAACAUCGACGACGGCUCGUUGUUCUUCUACAAGGAUAGCAGGGAGGAACCGAAAGAGUUGACGCGCGAUGAGCGGAAGGAGAUCAAGCAGAAGGAGGACGCGCGCCUCGGCAGGUUCGUCAUAAAAAAUUACUCGCCCGGACGGGAGAGGGCGCUCAAGAUCUACCUGGACACGUCGCCCUCGAAGACGGACGAUUGCCGCGGGAGAGAGGGCGAGGAACAACAGGCGAGGGGCUCGAAGUGCGACGUGGAAUCGGACGACGGGAUCGACUGACGCGGCGACAGCCGCGCCCCGCCCCCGUCUUACUGCGUCCUCAGCUGAGCGAGCCGCCCCCGCCGUCCGCCUCCAGAUUUUUCCGUGCCGGUUUAUUAAUUUAGACGUGUUGGCGUAGCUGCCCGAGCUAAGGAACAAUGGGCGGGGCACGCGGUUUCCGGAUUUUUCUCCAAGGAAAAGAUAUAACCUAUUUUUUUCGCGCUCUAACUGUUUUUUUUUUGUUUCGAAAAACGCUGUUUUUUUUGCAAGCAGGCGAAAAAGAUAUUCGGCCAUUGUUCCCUAACUUUUAUAUGGUUACCGACCGCUUUUUUUUUCGCGCCAGCGUCGUCGUUUUCGGGAGGGCCGUCUUCGGUAGUUCAAACGUACCAAAGCGUCGACGCGCGACGCUGGCAUGUUUUAAGUAUUUAUUGCGAUUUUACAUUAUUAUUACGUUUAUUCCCGUCGCACGCGUCGUCGCCUCUUUCGUCAUAAAGUUUACCAUCGUUAUUAUUAUCAUUGUCGUUUAUUUUUUUUUGUUACCGCGGUGUCCAUUUGGGUUUCGUUUUCACCUGCGGUUUUUCUAUCAAAUUCAACUUAAAAAGAAAAAAAAAGUGUAAAUAAAUCGACGUUUGACCAGUUAAAUUUCAUUUUCUUAUUUGAAUCGGGAAGGGGGAGGGGGUGUUUUUUUUUGUAUAAUGACAAACGCGUCAUCGCUCGUCGUUAUACGGCUAACUUGUAUAGAUAUUUAUUUGCGACUGAAUAAUGAAUAAUAAAAACACCGUUUAUCUAA